AGUAGUAAUCUCCACUUUGUUUCUAGGUCACCUUGACCUGGAAGGGAUUUGAGGAGUCCUGUUAGACUUCAGACAACUGAGUUCCAGAGUGCAUGUGUUGGGACCAAAGCCUGUUUUUCUGUUUCUAUAUUGGAAUUAAUUUGACAGCACGCAUUGAUGGCUCUAAAGAAGUCAUCGCUCUCACUGGAUUCCAGUGAGAGCGACUCUGAAGAGUUGCCAACAUUUGCCUUCCUGAAGAAGGAACCGUCUUCAUCAAAGAGGAGGCAGUCUCAGAGGGAGGAGAAGAUUGUUGUGGUUCACACCUUGGAUUCUGAGGCCUCCUGUCCUCCGUCACCAAGGUUGAAAGAUGUACCACCUACCCUGGACACAGCUGAAUCCAUCACACAAACAGAGCCAGUGAGGGUGCUAAGCAGUGGAAGUGAGGAUGAGGUAGAAUUAAUUCCCCUGGCCGAGAGGCUUGCAUGUAAGUUUUUGACCCACAAGCCACUGAGCCCUGAGGACUCUAGCUCCCCAGUUAAAAGUGUAUGGGAUCAUCAAAAUAGUGAAGGAGCAUCCUGUGACUGGAAAAAAGAACCCUUUCCAAAGGUCCCUGAUAUUCCCCUCCGUGACACCUCAAAGAGAUGUGCAUCAAAUAACAAGGACCCUGCGAGAGACAGUCCAUGCCACCAGCUUCCAGCCUUCAAAGCUACCUGCCCUAUCCAGAACAGCAGCUGGACAAAUGCUGAGGUCCCCCCACUUCAGAAGAGAACCAAGCCUAGCCAGGAGGUCCAGAGGAGCAGCUCGCGGGGACGCCAGCCGCGGAGACGAGCAAGCCCGAAGGAACGCGCCCUGGGACAACAGGAGAGGACCAAGAAGGCAGCCGUGGCUAACAGGCUGAAAGCUCAGAGGCCCGAGGAAUGCCUAAAGCACGUGGUCGUGAUGCUGGAUCCAGGUCCUCUUAGCAUCUGUCUUCAUCCCGUGCUGGGGUCCCCACUUUCUGGGCCAACCCCUGACUGCCCCUCUCCCGUCAUUUGUUGCAGUGCUUUUGCAGAUGGAAGGGGGAGGCCAGCUCCUCGGGGCACUGCAGUCCGUGGAGUGCCAGUGUGUGAUCGAGGCCCAGGCCGUGCCCUGCAGCAUCACCUGGAGGAGAAGGGCUGCACCAGCCGAGGUGCUGAGCACCUGCUGACCCGCCUCCCUGUGCUGGGUUCCGGGUCCUUUGGCAGGAUGGACAGGAAGACUGGGUGGAGGAACCGAUGGUCCUGGUGCUGCUCCCGGCAGAAGCGUUUGUGUCCAUGGUCCGGAACUUCAAGCAGUGCUCCAAACCCCUCAAGAAGAAGGAAGCGGGGAGUGGCAGAUAGGGAACAGGCCAAGGAGAAGCAGCAGAGACGACCAGAGGCCAGCGCAGGGCAUGUGGUGUCCAGAGUAGACGUGGAAGAGGCGCUGGUGGAUCUGCAGCUGCACACACGAGCCCAGGCCCGACUGGUGCAGACCUGGAAAGAGCUGGCUGACUUCGCAUGCGCGUUUACCAAGGCUGUGGCUGAGGCACCCUUCAAGAAGCUUCGAGACCAAACUAGUUUCUCCUUCUGCCUGGAGAGUGACUGGUCUAGAGGGGCAAAGGUGGACCGCGUGGGCAGGGGACUCAUGCUGGUGUGGAGGAGACAGAUUCAGCAGCUGAACCGAGUCAGCCUGGAAAUGGCCAGUGCCAUCGUGGAUGCCUAUCCCUCCCCCCAGCUCCUGGUCCAGGCUUAUAGGCGGUGUCUCUCGGAGCAAGAACGUCAGAAUUUGCUCGCAGACAUACAGACGGUGCGGACUGAGGCCAGCCCUGGGGAAGCUGGAGAUUUGCACCUCACCGAGCUCAGAAGAGGACCAUGGGAAGAGGCUGGAAGCACAAGCCUGGGUCGGGCUCACAAGAGACUCCUUCCCGAGUGUCAGAAUCUGCAGUCUCCCUGACACCUUGGCACAGGCAGCUGAGGUCUUGUGUUCACCUUCACAAGCACGGACUGUC